GGGGCGCCCCGGGGUGCGGGCAGCCUGCGCCGGGCGCCCCCGCGCCCGCCAUGGAGGAGCGCUCCAGCAGGCUGCUGCUGGCCCUGGUGAUGCUCUUCCUCUUCGCCGUGAUCGUGCUGCAGUACGUGUGCCCGGGCUCCGAGUGCCCGCUGCUCCGGCUGCACGCCUUCCGCCCCUCGCGGGCAGACCCCUACCGGGCGGAGGACGAGACCCCGGCCCGCUUCGUGCCCCGCUUCAACUUCUCCGCCCGCGACCUGCUGCGGCGGGUGGAUUUCAACAUCAAGGGCGACGACCUGAUCGUCUUCCUGCACAUCCAGAAGACCGGCGGCACCACCUUCGGCCGGCACCUGGUGCGCAACAUCCAGCUGGAGCAGCCCUGCGAGUGCAGAGCCGGCCAGAAGAAAUGCACCUGCCACCGGCCGGGCAAGCGCGAGACCUGGCUCUUCUCCCGCUUCUCCACCGGCUGGAGCUGUGGAUUGCACGCCGACUGGACCGAGCUCACCAACUGCGUCCCGGCCGUGGUGGACGGCAAGACGGAGGUCAAGCGCAGACCCUCCAGGAACUUUUACUAUAUUACUAUUCUGCGCGACCCUGUGUCCCGAUAUUUGAGUGAAUGGAGACAUGUCCAGAGAGGAGCAACGUGGAAGGCUUCCUUACACGUGUGUGAUGGAAGAUCUCCAACUACUGAAGAGUUACCCAGUUGUUACACAGGGGACGACUGGUCAGGCUGUUCCCUUAAAGAAUUUAUGGAUUGUCCAUACAAUCUAGCCAAUAAUCGGCAGGUCCGCAUGCUGUCUGACCUGAGCUUGGUUGGAUGUUACAACUUGUCUGUCAUGCCAGAGGAGCAAAGAAACAAGGUUCUUCUAGACAGUGCAAAAGAGAACCUGAAACGUAUGGCUUUCUUUGGCCUUACGGAGUUUCAAAGGAAGACUCAGUAUCUGUUUGAAAAAACUUUUAACAUGAACUUCAUCGCGCCAUUCACACAGUAUAAUAGCACAAGGGCCUCUAGUGUGGAAAUAGAUGAGCAGACUCAAAAACACAUUGAGACCCUCAAUUUUUUAGACAUGGAGUUGUAUGAUUAUGCAAAAGACCUUUUUUUGCAAAGGUAUCAGUACAUGCGACAGAAAGAGCACCAAGAAGCCAGACGGAAGCGCCAAGAGCAACGGAAGAUGCUGAAGGCAAAACAAGCCCACAAUAAAGAACAGAGUGAUGAUAAUGCAACUACUGAUUACAUAGGGAAUGUGGAACGGUGGCGAUAAUGGGGACUGAAAUCUUUUAAGUUAGACUGGUUGAAUACCAUAAACACAAACCAUACAACUCCUAGACGACAAUGUUAGUCCAAACAAAUUACACUUCUUAAAUGUUUGAUGCAAAAGAGGAUAAAAUGUUGCCUUUGCAGUUGCCUUUGCAUUACAUGUUGUACUGUACGUGGAAAACGUAACCUUACAGUGUAAUUAAAUUGUCCUUUUUAGGUUUGUUGGAUUAUUUAUGAAACACAAAAGCCAGGUGGGCUCUCCAGAAAUUGUUGCUUGGACACUGAAAAAAAAAAUCCUUAAAUUAGUUCUGAGUAUCAAAUGGGGUGCUGGAAAUGUGAUGCGAUGCCCUGUUAAACCUGCCUCGGAAGCAAAUUGAUUUUCUAGUAAUGAGCGUUUAACACACGCACAUAAUAAAGCAUCCUUGCAAAACCUUUCCUCUUGGAUUUUUUUUAAAUUUUAAUUAUGUAUUUCUAAGGCCCCCAACGGCUUGCGAUAUUUACCAAAUUACAAGACAGUGAAACAAACAAUAAAGGUAUAGAGGAAAAAAUUGACUCAUUUUGCAUACAAUAUUGGCUUUAAAAAAAUAGAAAAAAGAAAAGGAGUACUUGUGGCACCUUAGAGACUAAGACUUAGAGACUAAGACUUAGAGACUUAGUCUCUAAGGUGCCACAAGUACUCCUUUUCUUUUUGCGAAUACAGACUAACACGGCUGUUCCUCUGAAAAAAAUAGAAGUAAUUUGUCUAGUUAUAUAAAUAUUUACUAUUUUAAACUUUUUCUACCUACUGCUAAGAGUUUUAAGCUUGGUCUGUUUCACGUUAAAAAAGCAACACUACACUUUUCUGAACUGAACGUCAAUGUUAAGGACACUAUUUUCAGAAUUUUUCAGGGCAGUAUAAUUUUAAACAUUCUGGAAAAAUUACGUCACAUCUUCAUGUUUCAUAAAGUCUUCUCAAAAUUAUACUCUUAUAAUAGUAUCCAGUUUUAACAGCUUUUCUUAUACAUUGGAAUACAUGUUGCAUUUACCAAAUGCUGAAUAUUUGGUGAUUUAAGUAAGACAGGAGAGUCUUUCUAAGAAAUUAUCUUGUGAAUGUUUGUAUAGUGUCUGUCUAAAACAAAAAACAAAAAAACCCCAUCUCUAGUCCUGGCAACAUUUUUCAAAUAAUUGCUUUGGUUAUUCGUGACCAAUUGGAGGUGAAGUAGAUUUACACUUGAAUUGUGACUUGCUUUUGGUAAAUCCUUACUGCGGAAUGUAAAAAUCAGACUCUUUUCUAAUGUUUUAGAGCCCUUUUUAGUGCUGACAGAUUGUAGACAAUUAUAAGAGAUUGCAACAAAUAUGAGUAAAUAGCCAUAGUUAUACAGUAAAAGAAGGUUGUCCGGUAAAAUGGGAUGAGUACUUAACCCAAGAAAGAGUGUUACUGAGGCUCUGGAUUUAGAGAUCAUUCUGAAAGUACUCCUGUCAUCCAGUCUCAUCUGGAGCAGAUCUAGAGGAUGCCUUUUGCUGGCAAUAGCACAUAGAUCAUUUAACUUGAAAGCAACAGGAUGAUAACGUGAGGGGUAAGGACAAGAAAUGUGAUUUGAUCGUACAAAUCUCUAUGCAAAACAACUGUAAAGAUUCCAGUUAUAAAUUAGGCAAGUUUAGAAAUUUUAUAUGUAGCCCACCAUGCUCUUAAGCAUUGUACUAACUGGCCAUUUGAAUUUAUGUGCUUGUUAUAUUUUGUGUAGGCUUGUGUUAACUUGACUGACCCCCUUGUUCUUGGUGAGUGCGGGAAGCUAUCUGAACAUGGCCUUCCUUGUUCUAAUAUGUAUGAUGCUUACAAUGCUCAUUUCCACUAUAUCCUUUCAUCUGUAAUGUUAAAUGCACAAGUAGGGCCAGGAGACAUAGAAAUUAGAAGGCUUUAAAACUCACAUCUAUGGCUUCGUGCCUAAGUUGUCUAAAGGUCCUGUUACAUCGGACAUUCUGGUGGUGUUGCUGAUUGGGAAAACUGGAAAAGAAUCAAAUAAAUUAUCUUAGCAAUGUGGGAAAUAAAAUAACUUCAUGUGCAGUGCAUUCUUUCUAAGAAGUCCAUUCGCCAAUAUGGUGUCUCAACUGUAUUUUGGUUUUUAUGGGGGAAAACAAUCCACUCUUAAAACUGAAAGGCAUUGCUGUAAACAGGACUUAAACCCAAGCCACUUGGUGGGCCUGUUGCAGAAGAUGCUUUUUGUUUUUAUGCUGUGGUGUGCAUGGUUUACAAAGACUAGUUGCAUUUUCUUUGUGUAUACUGUUUAUUGUAUAUAGGGGACAUGAAUAUAAGGAUACAAGGUUUUGUCAUAAACAUAUAAAUUCUACUGAUUUCCACUGUAGACUGCUGUCUUAUUGUGUAGAUUUACAAACCGAUUCACUGACUUUGAUUGUGUAAUUUAACAAUAGAACCAAUAAAUAAAAUUUAAUUAA